AUCAGGGAAUUGAACCUCGAACUACGGUGAUGGGAACAAACAAGCUGACUUGGAAUACCAACUAGAGAUGAAGAUUACCGGAUAGAUUCUCAUGCACCUCGAUUUCUCUGUCCCCAACUUGGACGCAGAUGCUUUGCUCCAACUAUAUUCCUUCCUCUCUCAGCUCUUCAGUGGAAACACCCGACAAGAAGCUCAGUCAGUGACUUGCUAAAGUCUUUGUUCGUCCAGGAACAAGCGCCAUGGAGCAAGCAAGAUGCUGGAUGUGGACAAGAACAAGACACAGUGGCAGGCCUCACCUCAGCGCUCAGAUCCCCGGAGUCGUCCUUGGAUCCUCCAGCAACGAGUCAUGGGAGGAGAGAGCCUUCGCGGAAGACGCCGCAGGCCGCUUAGGAGGCUGCACAUGGCCGCCGAGGUCGUACUCGUGCAGCUUUUGCAGACGGGAAUUCCGAUCGGCGCAGGCACUUGGUGGGCACAUGAACGUGCACCGGAGGGAUCGAGCGAGGCUGAAGCAGUUGUCUUCGAGCCUCGGCGAAGAGACCGCCGAAGCCGAAGAUGAACAAGUGACGGGUGCAGAACUCCGUCCUCAGGUCAGCCCUAACCCUAGUUCCAGGUUCUUGCCACCACCUCUCUCUCCUAGGGUUUCUGCUCCAUCCAUCCAAGAGAACUGGCCCGACAACACCUUGAUCUCUCCACCAUUUUCUUCGUCUAUCGCUCGAGAGGACCCCAAUGAAUCGCUGUUCUCCACGACUAGAUCUCUGCACCAUCCUACACUUCUCCAUCUACUUAUUGUACCAGAAUCCAAGCUCGGGGAAACCAAUUUAGGGUCCAACGGAUUUGGUUUUCGGAGUCGGAGAGAUCCAGGAAUCUAUGAUGAGCAGACCAGCUGUUACAAGAGAAGUAGAACCGAGAGACCCUCUUCUUGUGAGCAGCAACAAGUGCAGUCUGAGGUACCUGAUCACAACCAUCUGGAAGAGUUAGAUCUUGAGCUGAGGCUUGGAAGCAUCCCAAAGAUGUAGUAUUUCUGAUUGAAUCAGUAUGUUCUAAGUAGUAAUUUUUCUUUUCCCAAUUUCUUCACCUUUAGUCUCAUCUUUCUUCUGAAAAAUGCCUGUUUCAUCUUCGAUUUAUGGAUAGAAACUCAGAUUUGGAGCUUCCUUUUCA